CUUUCCGGUGCCAGGAGGAGCCGUGUCGCUGCCGCCUUGGUCCGUCAGGCCUCGGGCCGGUUCUCCAUUGCUCGUCUCCCCGGACUCCUCGCCGCCGCCGCCGCCGCCGCUGCGCCGCGCUUAGGGCUCGGAUCCUGCCGGGAAAAUGUCAGAUGAAUUUUCGUUGGCAGAUGCACUGCCUGAACCAUCCUCUGCCAAAACGUCUGCUGUGAGCAAUACAAAAGCUGGCCAGGCUCCUCAAGGCUGGCCAGGCUCCAACCCUUGGAAUAACCCAAGUGCUCCACCUGCCGUGCCAUCUGGACUCCCACCAAGUGCUGCAGCACCCUCCACUGUGCCUUUCGGACCAACACCAACAGGAAUGUAUCCCUCCAUGCCUCCAACCGGACUACCGCCAGGACCCCCAGCACCCUUUCCUCCUUCUGGACCAUCAUGUCCCCCACCUAGUGGUCCUUAUCCAGCCCCUACUGUGCCAGGCCCUGGCCCCACAGGGCCAUAUGCUACGCCAAAUAUGCCCCUUCCGGAGCUACCUAGGCCAUAUGGUGCACCCACAGAUCCAGCUGGUACUUUAGGUCCAUGGGGAUCCAUGUCUUCUGGACCUUGGGCACCAGGAAUUGGGGGGCAGCAUCCUAAUAUGCCAUAUCGAUCUCCAGGGCCAUAUCCCACUCCUCCUCCUCCAGUGUCAGGAGCACCGCCUGUUCCAUGGGGCACUGUGCCACCGGGAGCCUGGGGACCACCAGCACCAUAUCCUGGCCCUGCAGGAUCAUAUCCCACACCAGGACCCCAUCCUGUUCCGAAUAAUCCUUACCAAGUGCCUUCAGGACCUUCUGGUGCUCCACCAAUGCCUGGUGGCCCCCAUUACCAUUAAGUUGAGAGUGGAUGAAGAGAUGGCGCCUUGCUUUUUGAAGUACAUGUACAUGCACAUGAAGGCUUAUACACAAGUGGCUGGUUUCACUGUUGGUGAAGGACGUUCCUGAAAGAACAACUUUUGUACCUCAGAGAGUUCCUGCUUCAUGUGUUUGGAUAUGUAGAACAUCACAUGGGUACAAUCAGAUAAAAAUGUAAAAGCAAAUCAAGUGUGGUUAAUGUGGCUGUGUAUAUCAAAUAGCUUUUGAUAAUACUUGUUUAAAAUAUAGCUGUACCCUCAAUCUAAAAUGACAUGGAUUAUUGUUAGACUCUGUAACUUAAUUGGCAAAGUAAUUCAAGUAUUUUUUUUUAUAAUCAUCCCGCACUCCCAUAUAACUGAAAACAAUCACUUAAUUGAAACAUGACUCCUCAACAUUUUGAGGUCCUCUGCCUACACAAACCAGGACCUCUUGUUAUAUUUUAGCUACAUAAAUGUAUUGUGUAUGUGUUUGCUAAGUUUAAUUCAACAUUAUUCCCAGUUCUGCCAAAAUAAGAUAAUGUUCCUAUCAAAAUUGCAUUAUGAUCUAAGGACAGGUUUCUUGCUCUGACAGAGUUUUAGAAAAAGGUUGGUGCCACAUGCACUUGAACAAGGUUUAAUACAGGAGUCAGACUGUCCAACCUCAGGAAGGUAGGAAGAGGAGAUGAGUGAGGCAGCUGGGCUGGGCCUCAUGUCCACCCAGCUGUGUGAGCCAGCAGCUGGAGCUGGGAACUUUCCUCUCACUAGCAGACAGCUCCAACAUAGGGAUGUCCUUGACAAUCUGAUUUGGAAUUCACAAAUCAUUUUUUUCUUCAAAGCAUUUACAAAAGGUGGUCCAUUUCCUUAUAAGUUAAGUUACUGGCUGGACUAAAUAAACAUCAUUUAUGACAUUUUUUAAUGGAAAAAAAAUGUUCUGAAUUCCAAAUGACAUUCUCCUAAUGACUGAACCACAGCUCAUUUGAGUUGUUCCAGAAUUACACAUGUAGUUAAUACAUGUUGCUUGGCCGUAGUAUACAGGACAACUGGAGGUGAAACUAGUUGACAAAGCCACGGUCAGACCUCUCAGUAGACCAGUAGGAAGCAGAGGCUGACAAGUGGCUCCUGCAGACACUAAACCAUCUAGAUCGAUCAGUGUGCAUGACUGCACAACUUGCUUUUCCAAAGGACAUUUCUGGACCUGCUAUGAGUCCAGAAGGCAGUCUGCUGUGCUCUCCCAGUAGCACAAGGCCUGUAUGACAGACCCUUUCCCACUCCAACUUAAGGGAUUAAAGAAGAUUGGAGUACUCGGGAGCCAGAGGCAGGUGGGUUUCUGAGUUUGAAACCAGCCUGAUCUACAAAGUGAGUUCCGGCACAGCCAGGACUACACAGAAAAAUCCUGUCUCUGAAAGAAAUAGAAAAAAGGGAUGCUGGAUUUGCCUCCUGGUAGGUUUAAGACCGUGUUAUGGGGAGAAAGUCAUGGCCCAAGUCAACCAUGGGUGUGGCCUUCAGCAUUUCGGUGUGCUCCACUACUUUGGAACUUGGAGCUGCCCUCCUCUUCUCACUGCUACUCUAGGUGUGAGGUUUGUCCAGCUUUGGGUGAGAUUUUACAGUCUUGGGCUUGACACAGCAAAGCAUGAUCCUUGAGCUUGUUUGUGCUGUGUGUGCCAGGGGUGCCAUGGCAGUGACUGGUGACCCCAAAAUGCCACUGAUCUUACUACCAGGUGCGUUCAGACAGUGAUUCACCAAAGAUACCUCCUGCAUUAACUUAAGCCUUAAAACUUUUAAGUGCAUUUGGUGCCAACAUUUUUCUAGUACUCUAGCAGAGCAAGAAACCCAUUCUUAGGAUGUAAUGCAGUUUUAAAAGGAACAUUUUGUUAUUUUGGCAGAACUGGAUAUAGUGAUUGAAUUAAGCUUAGCAGCCACAAAAAGAUUGCUGAUUCUCUUCUCGGGGGCGCCCUGCCAGUCUGGGCAUCUGGACCCUGGAACAUACCGUCACUGCCCUGCCUACCUAUGUAAUUUUAAGCCAAUAAUUAGCUGCCAAGUUCAUCAGCCGCUGUUUUGUUGUUGGUGUUUGGGGGGAGGGUAGUUAGUAGAAUCUAAUGAUCCAUCCUGCAUGUUGUGCUGUGGACAGUACUUCCAUUUAAACCCUGUGCUUUGGACUUUCCAACUGAUAAUUGGGACUUAAUAAAUUUAUUACUGUUAUUUAAUGUAAGUGGAAAUCAAAGGUAUGGCAGAAUUUUCUAUUUUUGUUUUGUUUAGAACAUUUCUCCUGUUGCUGUCAGGGUAGAGUAUUUCUGGAUUCAAGAUACAAUCAAGAAAAGCAAAAAUAAAAUAAAAAAUAAAAGGUAGCCAAAUGAGGAAAAGAAUCCAGAAAGAAAGGGCUUUCUAUUUUUGUUUGUGUUUUAACCUAAGAAAAGAAUAAUGCUCUCUUCAGAAUAAGCCAUGCUGGAGUAGGACUGGUCUCUUAAAAAGACAGCUUGUCAAUAAGUGUUUGGUCCAAAUUACAAAAUUUGUUGACACAGGCUGACAAAAAUUUUUAAAUAAAUAUAGCAAAAACAUU